GGCACAUUCAAUUCCAUGCCGCUCCAACAACACAAACCAUCUCUCAUUUCUCCUUUUCCACCGAAAAGAAGAAGAAAAAGUAAAAUUCCCAUUCCUUAUCGGCUGAAGCGGUGGCAUUCAUACUCACUGCAAUCGGACGUCUGAAGCUGUUUCUCCGGCUGCAGCUGCAUCUCAAUUCCUUCCCCAUCGAGUUCUUCCUCCCCAUAAACAGCAGAUUAGUUCAUUCUUGUGAAUAUACAGAUGGAUAAAUCAAUGGCCAGUCCUAGUUUUGGGGUAAAAUUGAUGUUGAUGCUCCCACUGGAGUUGUUGUUGGAAAUCUUUAUCAGGAUUCCGGGUAAGCAAUUGGGAAGGUGCAAGUGCGUAUGCAAAUCUUGGCGUUUAAUGAUUGGAAGUCCUCCAUUUCUGGAGGCUUAUCGAAGUCGUCAAUCGAGCUUGAUAUUAUACUGGCUAGAAGACAAUAACCCAAAAGCCAUCUUUGGCACGGAUUUUAGGCUCAGGUUCUUUCACUACCCUCUUCCGCGAUUUCAGGAGCCUACAUCAGGAUUCAGUCAACUAAGUGAAUUGAGAACUGGUCGAUUCAGGGACUGGUUGACAGAAGUGGUUAACGGCCUCAUAUGUGUUUGUGAUUCAGAUGUCCACUUAACUGUUUACAACGUUUGUACUGGGCAGGGAAUGGGCCUCCCUGACCCUACGCAUUAUAAUCUUAAUCCAGUGUCAUCUUUUCAUCUGGGAUACGAUCCCUCGAGCAAGAUGUACAAAUUGCUGAGACUGGUACAUCCCUUUAGUCGGACCUACUAUCGUUCUUUUCAGCAAAUCAACCAAACAUUGGAAGCGGAGAUAUUGACCCUGGGACCCUCUGGUUCGCAAUCCACAUGGAGGAAGCUGGACACUAUUGCAUCUGGUAUUGGUGAUUUGAUGGAGUGGCGUGGUUUUUUUGGUUGGUUUGAAAAUUCAUUUUCGGGGGAUGGCAUCAUUUGGUUGUCAGGGCAAAUGUCUUUGUUGUCCUUUGAUCUCAACAAGGAGAAAUUCCGAUUGAUCAAGUUCCCUGAAGACGUCAGCCAGGCAAUAGAAAUGAACAAGUUUGAUUUCAGUGACUCGCGACUGAACGGAUACAUUCUCACUCAAUCCAUGGGACGUCCAGCUCUAUGGAUUAAGACUGGUCAUCCCAAAAGUUUGAUGCUCUUUGUGCUCGAAGACGAGGAGGCUAACGUAUGGAGUAAGCAUCAUGUACAGUUUCCUGAUGAACUCGGGGAAGUGGAUCGUAUUGCUGUUGAAGCGGGAAACCUUCCUACCGGUGAGCUUUUGUUGAUGAAUGGUAGAGUGGAAGAUCAAGGUGACUGCAGGCCUGUCUUUUCUUAUAACCAUGGGACACAUAAGUUUGAUCGCUUUGUGAUUGGAAAGCACCCUGAGAAUCCUGAUUAUCGAGUGCUUUGGUCUAAUGAGAAGCUUAUCGACAACAAUUUAUAUAGGGGUAAAAUUUCAUGUUUACAUGAUAAUAAUAACCUUCAUCGAUCCUUAGACAAUGUGUUAAGCGGUAGGGUUUGAAGAGAGUUAAAACUUUGUCCUUUGUAAUUUUUACGUUCCAACUGUUAGCAUUUUCAUUCACCUGUGGGAUUUUAGCUGUGUAUUGAAAAUUUGAAAUGACGAUUUUCUUUUCCUUUUUUUUUUUUUUUUCCUUUUGUGGGUACAAUGUAUUGAAAUUAAUU